CAAGGAUGACUGGAUCGGAAUCCGCGCGGCUAGAACUUCGCUCGGCAGAAACCCUACUUGCAAUUAAAUGAGUCCCGGCGCCGGUGGCGAGAAAGAAAAGCUAGUUGCAGCGGUAUCGUGAAACAGGUUAGGUAUGUUCCCGAACUGGUUGUGAUUGCCGCGACGGAUCUGUGUGUGAAGUUUGAUCUGCGUCUCUUUUCCGAAGUGCGGUCAUUUAGAUCAGUUAACGUUUAUUCCGUUUAGUGUCUGUGUUUGGUCGCUUUGAUUGCGUUCAAAAUGAAGGUGGAGCUGCUGACGACAUCUGGGAAGCCUAUAGGAGCAGUAGAGCUUUCAAAGGCAAGCACUGUGCAGGAUGUGAAAAAAGAAGUAUAUAAAAUCAAGAAGCAACUUUACCCAGAACGACAAUCAAUAAGACUGGAAGUAAAAGGCAAAGGAGCCAAAGAUUCGGACACUUUAGAAAAUUUAGGAAUUCAAGAUGGUGGAGCUUUAUAUGUUAAGGAUUUAGGACCACAAAUUGGAUGGUCCACAGUAUUCUUGAGUGAAUAUGCUGGCCCACUUUUCACAUAUCUAUUAUUUUAUCCCCGACCAAGCUUCAUCUAUGGGGCUGAUGCAGCUUCUUCAAAAUAUGAAUGUGUUGUCACGAUUGCAGCUAUUUGUUGGAGUGUGCAUUAUGCUAAACGUAUUCUAGAGACUAUAUUUGUACACAGAUUUUCUAAUGCUACAAUGCCAUUAUCUAACUUAUUCAAGAACUGUUCAUAUUAUUGGGGCUUUGCUGCUUUUGUAUCAUAUUUCACUAAUCAUCCUCUUUACACACCACCUAGCGAUGUCCAGAUGAAAGUUGGACUAGCAGCAUUUUUGAUUUGUGAAUUGGGAAAUUUGAGCAUCCACAUUGCAUUGCGAAACCUUCGACCACCUGGGACCAAAGUUCGAAAGAUCCCAGUAGCCACAGGCAACCCCUUCACCAUUCUGUUCAGUCUUGUAUCCUGCCCCAACUACACUUAUGAAAUUGGCAGUUGGAUUGCUUUUUCAGUGAUGACUGGAAGUUUGCCAGCUUUAAUAUUCACAAUUGCUGGUGCUUAUCAGAUGACAAUCUGGGCUCUUGGAAAACACCGAAAUUACAAGAAAGAAUUUUCAACCUAUCCAAAGCAACGGAAGGCCAUUUUCCCGUUUUUGAUCUAAAGUAACUUAACUGCUUUUAGUUGGUGAAAGAAUGACAGACAGGGUUUCUGAGGUAAAAAAAUAGUUCUAGAGAAUCCUACAACCUACUGAAUGUAUACCUCAGGAUAGUUCAACAUGUGUUCAGUGAGUUAAGAUUUUUUGGUUACCAAUUAAUGUAACACCACUAGUCGUUACAGAAUGAUAUUCAUUGUUAUUAUUUCUGUUUUUAUUCCAUCUUGGAAACAAGAUGGAAGUUGUAAAUAAAAAAAAAUGAAAUAAAAAUUUUAAACACACA